GCGAGCGAAGUGAGGAGCUCUCGAGAGUUUCGAGAGUGUGGCAAUGGCGUCUCAAUUGCAGAAGAUCGAAGGAGAUGACUCAGUGCUCCUGCGCGUUACCCAUUCUAAUCUCAAGACCUUCUCCUCCGAUGUCCGCUUCUCCCUACAGACGACCGUGGAGGGCGUCAAGGAUAAGCUAUGGCGGAAAUGCGGAACUUCCGUGAAUUCGAUGUCUCUAGAGCUUUACGACGACACCAAUUCCAAAAUCUCAAAUUUGUCUGAUAAUUCCAGACCUCUUGGAUUCUAUUCUCCUCUCGAUGGGUAUCGGAUACACGUGAUAGAUCUGGACCCGUCGUCGGUGACGUCCGGUGGGUGGUUGGAGGACACUUCGCUUGUCGAGAAGUACAAGAUUUCAGAUGAAGAUUACCAAAAACGCGAUGGCACUUUCAGAAAAUUCAAGGAAAAAAUAGCAUCUCAAAACCCAUCAGCUUUUGAGCUAAAAAUAUCAGACAAUCACAUGGAGGACAUCUCCACAAAUAUCAAG